CAGGGCUGCGUCCUCUCAGGAACAACUUGCGACUCGACCUGACGAGCAUCACAUCAACUAACCGAGCAGCUCCACAUCAGAGCACACAGCUUUUCAUUUCAUUUUGUCACUUUAUAACUGGACAGAGCGGUCUGGAACAGCAUGGGCAACGUACAGCCCACCAUAGUCCCAUAUGAUGACUUCGAUGUCACCGCUGACAUCAAGGCGAUCAGAAAAGCUUGUAAAGGUUUUGGCACAGACGAAGAGGCCAUUAUUCAGAUUCUGGCCAACCGUUCUGCAGCUCAGCGUGUGGAGAUCAAGCAGGCCUACUUUGAGAAGUACGACGAUGAGUUGGAGGAGGUCCUAAAGAAGGAGCUGACAGGUAGUUUUGAGAAUGCCACCAUAGCCAUGUUGGAGCCUCCUAAUAUUUACUUCGCCAAGGAGCUGAGGAAGGCCAUGAAGGGAGCGGGAACGGACGAAGCUGUGCUGGUAGAGAUCCUGUGCACAGCCACCAAUGAGGACAUCAUGAGCUACAAGCAGACGUAUGCCCAGGUUCAUGAGCGGGACUUGGACGCAGAUAUUGAGGGUGAUACCAGCGGAGACGUGAGGAACCUGCUGAUAUCACUGCUGCAGGCGAGCAGAGACGAGGGCUAUGAAGUGGAUGAGGAUUUAGCCGAACAGGAUGCCACAUCUUUGUUUGAGGCAGGAGAAGGCAGGUUUGGCACAGACGAGUCAACCUUCACCUUCAUCCUGACACACAGAAACUACAUGCAGCUCCAGGCCACCUUCAAGGCCUACGAGGCGCUUUCAGGAACAGACAUUUUAGACACUAUUAACUCUGAAGCGACAGGAACUCUCCAGGACUGCUACGUUACUUUGGUCAGGUGUGCUAAGAACCCUCAGCUGUAUUUUGCACGACGCCUCAAUGCCGCCAUGAAGGGACUGGGCACUGAUGAGGACACACUCAUUCGCAUCAUUGUAGGACGCUCUGAGAUCGACCUGGAGACGGUGAAGGACAUGUACCUGGAGAAAUACGACGUUACCCUGAAAGACGCUCUGGAUUCAGAGUGCGGUGGAGACUUCAAGCGCCUCCUCAUCGAGAUCCUGCACUAAAACUUCUCACCUUCUUCCUACAGGCCCUAUUUUAACCAAAGUGACAGUCCGUGUACCCACUCAUCCUUCCUCCUCUUCUUUACAGAUCCUCAUUCACUUUGUUAUUCUGAGAGUCAGUUCUCAUUGCAGCAUGGACCAAAAAACAACUAUUCAUAGUCUUUAAAUACAGUUUUGCCAAGAAAUUUACACUCGGUGGGAAUUCUCUCACAUACAAUAGAGGUACAUUGUGAUGUUUGUUAUGCCUUUGACAAUAUACUAUAUGAAACUUGUGCA